AUGUACUCGUUCAACGCCAGCGGUCUCCUUGCCCUAGGAGUCUCUCUCCUCUCCUUGCCAGCUCUGAUCAAUGCCGUCGAGUACAUUGAUUACAACGGUGUCAAGCCAUUUGCCGAGUCUUACAAUAGUGCUGCUAUCAAGAAGUUCCAACCAACUCUCAGUAUGACUUCUGGAUGUGUUCCAUACCCAGCCGUCAAUGAUGUCGGCCAGCUUUCGUAAGUGGGCUCUUUUUCCACCGACGGUACAAAAUUGCUAAAUGGAUCUAUAGACACGGACUUGGUACUACCGGUGCUAUCAAUCAAUGGUGGUUGUUCUGCGAGUCCUGGUCAGGUUUAUGCUCGUGGCCAAAUGGUUGAUGGAAGAUUUGGAAUUGUCUACGCAUGGUAUGUUACGCCUCUUUGCAACAAGAGGCCUUGUUUGUGACUAAUUCUCGCAUCAGGUACUUUCCAAAAGAUCAAAUUGCCCUCGGUCCAGGUGGACACCGCAAUGACUGGGAAGGUGUCGUGGUUUGGGCCGAUAAAGACGCUGCCGAUGCCAAAAUCCUCGCCGUUUGCCCGUAAGUACACUCACUCCAUUAUCUUCUUACUUCUCAUCAGACUUGUGUACUCUGGAGAUAAAAUCUGAUACCGCCUAGAUCUCGCCACGGAGGAUGGCAUUGCGAUACCUCAAACCUCAAGCUCAACGGCGACAGACCCAAGCUCAACUAUCGUCCUGACGGCACCCACGCCAUCUUCACGUCUGAUGACAACGGAGGAUCCCAUCCGUUGAUUGAAUGGUCCAAGCUACCAGCAGCUGCAUCUUCUGCUCUUGAGCAAGCCAACUUUGGUGCUGCCGUUGUGCCUCUCAAGGAUUCUACCUUCUCCGGUAACUUGAACGCGGCCAAGUUUUAG